AUGGUUUAUGGACGACAUACUUUCACCGCGGACAUGAAAUCUACCAAACAUAGUGAAAGUAAGAACAAUGCGUUAAAGAAUUACUUGAAGCCGAGUCAUAAUCUUUUGCGUUUCUUUGAGCAUUAUGAGAGUGUUUUGAAUGAUCGGCGGUAUGAAAAACUAUGUGCAGAUUUUAACAUGAUGCGAAGUAAGCCCGUGUUAUUAACUAGUGUGGAGAUGUUACGUCAUAGUGUAAAAAUCUAUACCCCGAAAGUGUUUGAAUUGUUUCAAAAAGAAUACAUGAGGUUCAGCGAUUACUGUGUUUAUAAAGUGGCAAAGGAUAGGACAAAAGUUGAAUACAAAGUAUCUUAUGUUGGAAAAUCUCAAGGGCAUGUGGUCAAUUUCGAAGCUUCAAUAGAAACAGUCAUGUGUAGUUGUAUGAAGUUCACUUUUAUUGGGAUUUUAUGUAUUCAUACUUUGAAAGUGUUGGAUAAGAAAAAUAUAAAAAAGAUUCCGCCCCAAUAUAUCAUGAAAAGAUGGACAAGAGAUGUAAAGGCAAGGACUUUCACCAAUUAUCAUGGAAUUGAAGCCAAUGACAAUCCUAAAGUGUCUUUGGGAAAGCGUUAUAGUCAUUUGUGUCGAAAUUUUUAUGAGAUUUCAUCUUUAGCAUUGGAACAUGAGAAGUUAUAUGUACAUGCAAAUGAUCGUGCUCUUGUGUUGCAUAAUGAUUUGGAGGAAUUGAAGAAACAACUUUACUCAAAUAAUGUUAGUGGUGGGGAAAGUUCAAUUGGUCGAAAUGAGGAAGUUGAUACGAUAGCUCCACCAAAGAAUUGUGUGCCAAUAUGGGAAUCUCAAAUUGGCCUUAGAGUAGAGACCCCUUCCGCAUCCCAUUCAAUGAUGAACUACGAUAAUGAAAAGGCAAUCACAAAUCGGCAACCCAAUAUGUUUUACAUACGAUUACUUCAGGAGUCACAUUAUGGCAACCUCUCACAAACUGCACAAGAAGGCAACCUCUCACAAAUUGCACAAGAAGACAACCCGUUUGAAAAUUUUCCUCCUUGUUAG